UCUGAUUUCUGAAUGGACACUAAACCCAUGAACACUGCCUCACUACUUUUUAACAGUUUAAUUUUUGCACUAUUUAUUUAAUUUCACUAUUUAAUAUAUGGUUUAAUUCAGUUCUUUCUCAAAGUUAUUGCAUUAUGCUGCUGCUGCAAAGUCAACAGCAUGACAAAUGCCAAUGAUAUUAAACUUAAUUCUGAUUCUGAACAUUUGAUCAUGGGAUUUGUGAUCCAUUGAGCUACCAUUUCUUGCCAAUCCCUGAUGGCUUUUAGUAUCCUGAUGAAAAAUGGACAGACUUUUACGACUAGGAGGUGGUAUGCCUGGACUUGGACAGGGCCCACCGACUGAUGCCCCAGCUGUUGAUACAGCAGAGCAGGUUUAUAUAUCUUCACUUGCUCUACUAAAAAUGUUGAAACAUGGACGAGCUGGCGUUCCAAUGGAAGUCAUGGGCCUCAUGCUUGGUGAAUUCGUUGAUGACUAUACUGUCCGUGUUAUUGAUGUUUUUGCAAUGCCUCAGUCAGGCACGGGUGUUAGCGUUGAAGCAGUUGACCCUGUAUUUCAAGCCAAAAUGCUGGACAUGCUGAAACAGACUGGCAGGCCUGAAAUGGUUGUUGGCUGGUACCAUAGUCACCCUGGCUUUGGAUGCUGGCUUUCAGGAGUUGACAUCAACACUCAGCAGAGCUUUGAAGCCCUGUCGGAACGAGCUGUUGCUGUCGUAGUGGAUCCUAUUCAGAGCGUAAAGGGGAAGGUUGUUAUUGAUGCCUUUAGACUGAUCAAUGCAAAUAUGAUGGUGUUAGGACAUGAGCCGAGGCAGACAACUUCAAAUCUUGGUCAUCUCAACAAACCAUCUAUCCAGGCAUUGAUUCACGGAUUAAACAGACACUACUACUCUAUUACCAUCAAUUAUCGGAAGAAUGAACUUGAGCAAAAGAUGUUGUUGAACUUGCAUAAAAAAAGUUGGAUGGAAGGACUGACACUUCAGGACUACAGUGAGCAUUGUAAACUUAAUGAAACUGUUGUGAAAGAAAUGCUAGAAUUGGCAAAGAACUACAAUAAGGCUGUGGAAGAAGAGGAUAAAAUGACUCCUGAACAACUAGCAAUUAAAAAUGUUGGAAAACAAGAUCCAAAACGCCAUUUGGAAGAGCAUGUGGAUGUUGUAAUGACUUCAAAUAUUGUACAGUGCUUAGCAGCAAUGUUGGAUACAGUUGUAUUUAAAUAGUGAACUGUAAUGUUAUAAGAUAUUAAGGCAUUCUGUUUUUUUAGUGUGCAGUUUCUCUUCAAAUUUCGGUAAUGCUGAGGCUGCUGAAGACUACUUAAAAACAAGAGACUUCCAACAUCAUUACAUCCUGAGCUGAGAGCAACCAUGCAGUACAUGCCUUUGUUGUUUUUGAAUCAUUUGUCAGGACAAAUACAGUUUGUUUUUCUUUUUUUAAAGUUUAAACGAGUGGCCAAGUUUGAUUUUGGUAUUUGCACACAUUUUGUAUAUUAUUGUUAGAUCUCAGACUGUCAAUAAAAUAAGUUGGAUCUGUCUUUGUUAUGUGACUUCCUAUUGUCACAUAAAACAGAUUUGUGCUACCUUAAAAAUGGUUUUAUCAUUUAUCAUGAAGAUCUCAACAUGAUACGUUGCAGGAUUUUUAAAAUCUCGGCUAGAUAAAAUCAGUUAGAUGUUCUCAUCCUUGUUUAUUAAGAGUUGUUUAGUGCUGCAGAGGUAGCACAUGUCUAACACCUCUAGGGUCGUAGCUGUGAAUAUGGCAGAUGCUAAGGUCAAACUAGAAUCUCGUAUGUGAAGAAUGACAUUUCUCAACCAACUGCUUGGCACAGAAAACGUUAAGGUACAUUAACCCACUAAUUCAUGAAUAAGAGGUGCACAAGAUUUUUUUGAGAAUGUUAUGUUUUGAUUAACCUUGAUACAAUCCAGCCAUAACUUGCAAUGACUGGCAGUUUUAAACUACUAAGCUCUAUACUCAUCACAGAUAAUAUUAAAAAAAAACGUUCCUAUCAUUUAUUUGUAAUGGGUUGAUGAUUUGCAUCAGCGGGAAUAAAGAGUCUAAAACCAUCUACAUGUAUAUUGGAGUUACACAUCUGACGCAUUUGGUAUUUGCGGUAUCUUGCAUACUUUAAACAAUUAUUCAGAUAUUAACAUAAAUAGUUUAUUGGAAUAAAGAGCAAACAUCGCAAUUUAAUUGAAAUGCAUUUACGGAAAGGAUAUAAACUUAUUUAUAAUAUGGUGCAGUGGAUAUCGGCAUAUCGAAGGUUUUGGCGCCGUGGUAAAAUUAUUCAAUCACAGUGAGAAUGACAUUCUGCAUAUUAUGUAAUGAGCACUUGAGUGUCUCGUCGGCGCUUUUAACACUGAAAAUCCUUAAGGUCUUGUAUUUGAAAUUCGUCAUAAUAAGUUUAAUUUUGGAGACCGUAUUUAAAAUAAAAGAUUUUGGAAAUAUCUGAAUAUGCUUUACAUGAAGGCGUGUGUUAGCCUCUCUGAGGUAAAAAGUAUUGCCUUCAACUCUCCUACUGGUGGAUAUUUUCAACCACCCCUCCCUCCCCCGGUACUGAUAGGGAACUCAGCAACAGUAAUGUGUCGAAAUGGGCUGGAGACAAUGGUACGAAUAUUCAUGCAAUAGGUUUGUUUCCGAUACUGAUGAAAUUUCAUUAUAUAUCUAGAAAAUCUUAAUGUACCAGUCGUGUGUG